AUGGAUCCUACCGUGUGGCGCAGGAAGUUGCCACGAUGCGAGUCGGACGCAACACAUUCGCCUGCCGAUGCCGCUGUUCUCUGCUUUGAACUCGAUAAUACGUCACUCCCUUAUCUGGGGGUAAUGACAGUCGCGAACUCGAAACCUCGGCUAAGGCUUGAUCUAGGAGUUUGCCUGUAA